ACAUUUAGUACGAUACAUAAGAGGGAAGAGAGGAAUCGUUAUCUGCAUUUAAACUCAAAAUUGGCCGAUGACAUUGAGCUAAUGUUUAUAAGUAUCUAGAGGCUAGAAUCAUUAUGGACAGUAUGAAGACCUCCGUGGAUUACGCCACUCAGUUACUCAAUUAUCCACCAAAAACCAUCACUGAUUUUGUCCUUGGGACACUGGACUCAACUGUUACAGAGUGUAUGGAUGUCAUGGAAAAAUCAUUGUUGGAAAGCUCUGUCUUUGAAGAUAUUCCCAAAGAAAAUAUUGCCAGAGGGGUAGAUCUUCUAAGAUCAAGAUUUUCAAAAAAAAUGGAGCCUAUCUGCAGCAAGCUUGAAAGGUUUAUGACAGAGGUGAUUUUAAAGGUUCCUGACCAUGUACUCUUGCCUGAAGAUGCAGCACAAAGAACCAAACAUCACGAAAAAGAACACAAGAAGAUUCUCAAAGAAAUAGAGAGCAUCAAGAGUGAUAUCCAAAUGGAAAAAUACAAAAAAGUAGUCUUCAGAGGAAAAUUAAAAGAAGCAACUGAGACUCACGAAAAUCUUAAAGCUGUAGCUUUAGAAACUGAAACUACUUCCCAAAAGGUUUUACGGGAAAAUAAAACAAUGGACAUCAAAGAAAAUUCUGAAUUUAUCCUUGCAAAAUUUGAGAGGUGUAGAGCUCAGUUAAAGGACUUGCAAGAAUUGGCACCACCACCAGAUACUAAGGACACAAAUAAACUCUACCGCCAAAAAGAAAAUGACCUGUUCAAAUAAACUAUUAUUCGUUCAAA